AUGGAACAAAAAUUUAAGUUACUGUUAUUUUCUAAGGUUUUUACUUUUAUCCUCUUAAGUUGGAUAUAUCAUUUUUACAUUUAUAAGAGUACGCAUAACAAAUCUUUUGUUGAAUACUGCAAAAAUCAUAGAAAAUUAUAUAUACGAAAUUAUCGUUUACUGGCAAAAUAUAAUAACGAUAAGGAUUCAAGUGUUGUAUGUUUAAAGAAAGAGAUACCAGUUGGAGUAAACAAUAAAAACGAUAUAACUUAUAUUGAAAAAGAGAGCACAACAAAAAAUAAGGCAUCAAAUAGAUAUGCACCAAGGAACGCAAGAGGAAAUAAAAAAUGUAUGAAAAAUAAAUCUUGUAUAUUUGAAAUGAAAAAAUAUUCCCAUUUAGAAAAAAAAAUAUUUAAAGAACUUGAUUAUGUAGACUUUCUUAAAAAAAACAAAACAAUUAGUGAUAAGAUAUAUAAAAAAAUAAUACGUAAAAAAUGCGGACUACGAUUUGCUUUACCUUUAUUACUAAUUUUGGUGUUAUUAGUAUCAUUUAUAUUAGAUAAUGUUGGGGGAUAUGGGCUUACAUUUGGUUUGUUUAAACUAAUAGUUUUUUUAUUUCACCUGCCGUAA